CAAAGCUCUUGAAAUGGAAGUCAAAAUAUUUACCUUUUUUCAAAUCGCAGUCCUUGUUGCCUUUGGCAUCCAUUUAAUUUCUGCGGGACAAGAUAAAGAUGGAGACGAAGAAAGCAAGGAAUACGAACUAUUUACUGUUGAAUAUUGCGGCACGAAUUGCACGCAACUUGAGAAUGGAAGCUGGACACCAUGCACUGGAAAAAACGGAACCUGUAGAUGCUUUCAUGAAAGCGAUAAAAAAGUAGGUCUCUGCCUAUCUACCGAUUACACUGACUUCAAUGAUUAUCCCUAUCCAAAUAGUGAGGAGAUUAAAGCUGCAUCACCUUUACCCUGAGGGGGAUUGAUAAUUUUGUCCCAAACACGAAAACAGAACUGCAAUUAAGAGUCCUGCAGAAUUUUAUAUAUUACAUUAGACUCCAACUGUAUC